UGCCAGCACAAAAAGCUCUGUUGCUUGUAGAUUGUUUGUUUAUGUAAAUUGAAAAUAGUGCAUUUAUUAUGCAACAGAAAGGCUAAGUGACAGGAGAGCUACUGAUUGGCUGGCUUCUUGUGAGAGCUCGGACAAAUCCAGAUCACAUCUAUUCUCUAUUUUGGUUGCGACAACGUGAAGGGAAGGGAAGCUUGUUGAUACUUCAACCAUUCUUUAUUCAGCACACAAACACACCUACACAGAACAAUUGGCUUGAAUAUUGCAAUAAUUAUAGGAUUUUUUUUAAUUGCCACUGGAUACAGAUCUGCUAGGAAGCAUCUGGACACGACUUUAAUCAUGACAGAAGAUAUCCAAGCUCCGGCCAAUAUGUCUGAAUUUAAUCGGAACAUGUCUUCUGAAAAACCUCAGCUCCAGGUUAUUGAUAUUAUUGAUCAGCUAGCUAAUUCUUCUGAGAUACUUCCAUGUGAAAUUACAGCGAUCAAUCCCAGCUCUUCCUUUGUAGAAGAAAAUCAAGAAGGUGCCAAACAUUUGGCAGAGUCUUUGGUACACCAAAUUUCAGAUGCUGCAAAAGAACUUCAAGGAAAGCCAGAAGGAAAAAAUGAAGAAAAAAAUUGCCUCAUUUGCCAGGAGUCAACAGUCUGUGAAGAAGAAUCCAGAGAUGGGCUCCAUGAGAAAAUUGCCACUUUAAAUACUAAAGAAUUUCAGGGGGAAGAAAGUGUCCCAUCCAAGCUUCCGGAUGAAAAUAUUGAUAGCCCUACAGAAACAGAGGAGGAACAAGGAAAGAUACAGCUGAACGAGACCAGUGAGCCAAUUGAAGAAGAAACGCUGUUAGAAGACAAUGAGAGCAUAACAGAAGAAGAUUGGGAAGGUCCAGUUGAUGAAUCUCAACAGGAAAACAGUGUGGCUUCUCAUAAAAAAGGGCAAGAAAACAAUAAUAUCCAAUGCCUUCCUACCAGUCCCAGCUGUGCCUCCCAGACUGAGGAAUAUGAUGACCAACCAGGUGCCUUGAAAAAAAAUGAUAUCUCUCGGCACAGUUAUUCUCGUUACAACACAAUAUCUUAUCGGAAGAUCCGGAAGGGAAACACUAAACAGAGAAUUGAUGAAUUUGAGUCCAUGAUGCAUUCAUAAACUGAGGCAGAGAACCAAAUAGGCUUGCUAGGAUUCUUCUCUUCCAUAUAUCUCCACUCCAGAUGUUUCUCCAUCUACAAUAUCAUGUUAUUGUAAAGUCUUUGGUGGCUUCGAUCCAACUAAAUAUAGUAGUCCUGACUAAUGGUGUAACAAGAGGCUCCCUUGCCACUUGGGAGUUAGCCGCAUUGACUGCAUGAAGGUUUAUUUCUAAAUGAAUAUAUACAUAAGGACAAGCUGCAUGAUUGCAAUCUUAUACCGUAUACACUUAACUGGAAGAAGUCCUACUCAAUGUAAUGUAACUUACUAUGGCAAGUACAUACCUACAUAUCUUGCAACAAGCUUGUGAUCUGACUUGUGGCCUGCUGAUUUCAGUGGACUUAGGUGCAACUGAUUGUAGCUGGAUUGGGGCAACGAAAUUUCAUUUUAAUGUAUGCCGAUUAGUGUACAUUCAAAGUGACAAUAAAGUUAUUCUAUUCUAUUCUAUUCUA